GGCGUGCAGAGCAGAGUGGGACUUGGAAGUCCAGCACUCAAUCUUCAAAUUAUGCAAUAUAAAUAAAUAAAAUUGAAGUGACACACUGUGUACACAGUUGAGUUCACAUGUAUAGAAAGAAAGAAACAAAGUAAAAACCCAAAAUAAUUUCCACCGUUCCUCACUUUCACAGUUCACUCACGUGAGUGCUACUAGAAUUCCAGCUGCUCCGCACUACUUCCUACUACCACCCAUUAGCAUUAGUAGCACUUUCAACCUUACUCUUCUUUACACUCUUCAUUCACACAUAGGUCAGGUCACUCGAUUCUAUCUACACUUUCCUCAUUUUUUUACUACUACUACUACUACAAAUCAUGUUUCUGUUUUCACACCCCCCUCAAAACACUCAAAACCAAACACAUUCCGAAUCACAAAGAGUACCACCACUACCAGUACCUUACUUUUGCAUACACAUACACUAAACAUGCCUCGUUUAAUAACACCCUUCUUCCCUCUCUUCUUUUUCUUCACAUUAGCUUCCUCUACCAACUCUACACUAUCACAAGACGCAGUAUCUUUACUAUCGUUUAAACAAAACGCAGACCAAAACAACAAACUACUCUAUACAAUAAACGAACCUUAUGAUUACUGCGAAUGGCAAGGAGUCAAAUGUGCACAAGGCAGAGUAGUACGCUACGUUGUUCAAUCGUUAAACCUCACCGGUUUUUUCUCACCAAACACGUUAACCCGGCUCGACCAACUCCGAGUCAUGAGCCUCCGUAACAACUCGCUCUCUGGACCUAUUCCAGAUCUUUCUCCACUUACAAACCUCAAAUCACUCUUCCUCGACCGGAAUAAUUUCUCCGGUUCAUUCCCUCCUUCCAUUCUCUUCCUCCAUAGACUCAUCACUCUUUCACUCUCUCAUAACAACCUCACUGGUUCACUUCCGGUUCAGUUAACUCUCCUCGACCGUCUUAUUAUUCUCCGCCUCGACUCUAACUCAUUCACCGGUUCUCUUCCUUCUUUUAACCAAACUGAUUUAAAAGUUUUUAACAUCUCCGCUAAUAACCUCACCGGUCCGGUUCCUGUUACGAAAACUCUUUCACGGUUUAAACCGGCUUUGUUUUCAGAUAACCCGGGUUUAUGUGGUGAGAUUAUUCAUAAACAAUGCGGUCAUCGUUCUAGAUUCUUUGGUGGUUCUUCAAACGCCACCGCGCCGUUGAGUCAAAGCGAGGAAUCGCAGGGAAUCGUGGUGGUUCCUUCUUCAAAGAGAAACAAAAACCACAAAAAAACCGGUUUGGUUAUCGGGUUCAUAGUUGCUGGUUUUAUAUUUCUAGCUGUUUCUACUAUUAUUGUAAUUGCAUUGGUUAAAAAGCAGAACACCGGAGAAAAAUCAGAGUCACCGGAAAAUUUACAGUCUUCUACUUCACCGGCAAUGGAGGUAUUGGAAGUGAGAACGGAAAAUGAUACGAAAGUGAAGAAAAUGGAAGAAGCGCACAAGAGUGGGAAGUUAGUGUUCUGCUGUGGUGAAGUGCAGGAGUAUACACUGGAGCAGCUGAUGAGAGCUUCUGCUGAGCUUUUAGGAAGAGGGAAUGUGGGGGCGACGUACAAGGCGGUGAUGGAUUCACGGUUGAUUUUGACUGUGAAGAGGUUGGAUGCCGAAAAAACUGGUGGGACGAGUGGGGAGGAUUUUCAGAAGCAUAUGGAGAUGGUGGGGAGGCUUUGUCAUCCCAAUUUGGUUCCUUUGAAGGCAUUUUUUCAGGCUAAGGGAGAGAGGCUUGUUAUCUAUGAGUAUCAACCUAAUGGAAGCCUCUUCAAUCUUGUUCAUGGUUCAAGAUCGGCUAGAGCGAAGCCCUUGCAUUGGACAUCAUGCUUAAAAAUUGCGGAAGAUGUAGCCCAUGGACUUGCGUAUAUUCAUCAAGUUUCCUCUCUGGUUCAUGGCAAUUUAAAAUCCUCUAACGUCCUUCUUGGCGAGGACUUUGAAGCUUGUGUUACGGACUAUUGUUUAGCCUUCCUUACAGAUUCUUCAUCGACAGAAGAUCCUGAUUCUGCAGCCUAUAAAGCACCAGAGGUUCGAAAAUCUAACCGAAGGGCGACUUCAAAGUCUGAUGUGUAUGCUUUUGGUGUGUUAUUGUUGGAGCUUUUGACAGGUAAACAUCCUUCCAAACAUCCUUUCCUUGCGCCAGCAGAUUUGCAAGAUUGGGUUAGGGCAAUGAGGGACGAUGAUUUUAGCGAAGAUAACCGGCUAGAAAUGCUCACCGAGGUUGCCAGUAUUUGCAGUGCAACCUCCCCAGAGCAGAGGCCAGCUAUGUGGCAAGUCCUUAAGAUGAUACAAGGAAUAAAGGAUAGUGUUUCAAUGGAGGAGACUGAACUCACUGGACUCUCAUAGUUUGUCAAAAUCUGAGUAGAUUUUAUGCAGAGAAACCAACCGCAGCAAUUACUGUCAACUCCUCUUGUUGAAGGUUAAACAAAUUUUUUCUUGGAGCAACUUGGGGGAGUGACUUGCAUGGCAAGUUUAAAGGUUAAACAGUCAUUUUCUGAGGGAAUCUUAAGAGUUAUACAGCAAAGCAUGAGGAACCUUUAUGGUUUUAAUGUCUGCUGUGGUUGGUUAGUGAGCUGUUUUACUAGUUCUAUAACACAAGAAAAUGAAAUUUAUAUAAAUGUAUUUGAGCUUAAUUCAAAUUUUACACGGUCUAUAUCUGACAAGCAACAAAUGUUUGUAUUAAAGCAUGAUGGUUAAGAUCAUUGUCAGAGA